AUGGAUUUAUUGGAGUCACAGGACGUGGUGACAGUGGAUGUCAAGCCAUUACAAGACAUCGUUGUUAAGGGAACUCAUGUGCGGAAGAGUGGAUCAAAUGGACGACAAUUAAAGCAAAGAAGAUGUCAAAUGAAUAAAACUUUUAGUUAUAAGAGUGAAGUGAUUAACGAAGACUCGGAUGAGGAUUGUGUGGAGAAGAAGACAACAUCGGACUCCACUCGCAAGAAGCGGUCAAAGAAUAGGACCCUUUCGUGCGAUUACACCGAUUGUAAUAAAAGAUUGAAACCAAAGCCUAAACGAAACGGUGAUUUGAUUGGAUCCGAUGAUCCCUUAAAGCUAUUUCAUUGCGAUUACGCCGACUGUGAUAUGAAAUUUGCCACAAAAAAGCAAUUAAAAGGACACCGGAAUAGACACUGGAGAGAGGCUAAUAGAGGGUUCAAUGACAAGUACUACGAUCAUGUGACCAGGCUAUUCAUUUGUAAUGUGGGUGAUUGUCAAAAGACUUAUAAGAGUGUAAACAGAUUUAAGUACCAUUUGGAGGCUCACACGAGUGACCAAACUUUUACAUGCGAUUAUCCCGACUGUAAUAAGCAGUUCAAUACUAAACAGUAUUUGACUGAACAUUAUGUUCGUCACAAAGAAAGGAAAAUUAAAUGUCAUUACAUUGGCUGUGACUUCAAAGCCCGUACGCCAGCAGAUUUGAGCGUACAUUUGACCAAACAUUCAAGUGCUCGACCCUUUGUAUGCGAGAUCCCCGGUUGUAGUAAAGCAUUUAAAGCGGCGUAUAGUCUUAAAGUGCACACUAUAGUUCAUAAUAAAGAGCCGGUUCAUAAAUGUAAGGUUGGCUCUUGUGAUGAAACGUUUUUCAGAAUCUAUGACUUGUAUAAGCAUAGGGUUAAUGAGCAUAACUUUAAGCCAUAUAAGAGACCCAAUCCGUAUGUUCGCAAAGGCGAACCUCUACCGUGCGACUGGCCUGGAUGCGAUUUCGUGACCAAUAGGGCCGAAAAACUCAAGUUACAUAAGUAUAGACAUACCGGUGAUAUGCCGUACGUAUGCGAUUGGCCAGAGUGUGGCAAAAAGUUUCCCAUUCGUAAGCAUUUGACGGACCAUAAGAACAUUCAUAACAAUUAUAAGCCCUAUGCCUGUCAUUGGCCGGGCUGUGCCUAUCGGUGCAACUCUGGGCCCAACAUUUACAAGCACGUCAAACAAGUGCAUAACAAAUAG